UUCCCUCGACUUUUACCCUCAAUCAUCAUCACCUCAAGAACUACUUACACCCGAUGGCCUCACGAUCCGCCCAAGCAACUGCUACAAGCAAGAAACGAAAGAACGUCGACCGGGAGGAAGCCGAGCAGGAUGUCCCAGGAGGCGCUGGGGCUCUGACCACCUCAUCAUCCUCCACCAAGCCUUACAAGUCCAAAGUCUUGAUCCUGUGCUCCAGAGGGAUCACUUAUCGGAUGCGUCACUUGAUGAACGACCUUGCCAAUCUGAUCACUCAUGGCAAAAAAGAUGCUAAACUGGACUCGAAGCACGCCCUCCCUUCGAUCAACGAAUUGGCCGACCUCAACUCCUGCAACCAUGCGCUCUACUUCGAGUCUCGAAGACACUCCGAUCUCUACCUCUGGGCCUCCCGAUGUCCUAAUGGCCCUUCGAUCCGCUUCCAUGUCGUCAACGUUCACACGAUGGACGAAAUGAAAAUGACAGGCAAUUGUCUAAAAGGAUCUCGGCCGAUCGUCACGUUUGGCAAAGAAUUCGAGGACGAAGCGCACUGGAAGGUCUGCAAGGAAGUCCUAACAAAUGUAUUUGCGGUGCCCAAGACGGCCCGAAAAGCUAAGCCUUUCGUCGACCAUAUCAUCAGUUUCUCGAUCGUUGACGGCAAGAUUUGGUUCCGAAAUUACCAAGUAACUAACUGCUCCUAUCCAUCACCAUUACGACCAUCUCCAUCAAUCAUCUCACACAAAAAUCUAAUUUAA